AUGCCAUGUCUAUACGAAAUAGUUUAAGUAAGAGUUGUUAAGAGAAAAGAAAAGCCGGUGCACAGAAAAACUUAAAACACAAAAUGCUUUUUUAUUCAUUUUUCAAAUCGCUAGUUGGGAAAGAUGUGGUAGUUGAAUUAAAGAAUGAUCUGAGUAUUUGUGGAACCUUGCAUUCAGUGGACCAGUUUCUGAACAUUAAAUUGACAGACAUCACAGUGACAGAUCCUGACAAAUACCCACAUAUGCUGUCUGUGAAAAACUGUUUUAUUCGUGGGUCUGUUGUGCGAUAUGUUCAGCUUCCUGCUGAUGAGUGUGACACACAACUUUUACAAGAUGCAGCACGCAAAGAAGCAGCCCAGAAUAGGCAGAGGUGAUGAUAAAACACAGGCUUACACAAGCAUGAAUAGAGGCAGCUUGACAAGUGAAAUCAAGAAUAUGAAAAUGUUAUCUAAAAUGCAGAUGGACAGUAGAUAUGUCUUAUGCACAUUCAGUAAUAGUGCAUUCUUAAGGUUUUUUAACAGAUUUCAAUUGUCAUUUUUGAUGUAGUAUGAAUGAAUGGCCAUAGACAAAUGAUUGUACUUCCUUCUGUUUAACACAUUUGUACAGAUGGCAAGAUCUGAUUUUUGACUCGUUUAAAAUAUCUGAUGUUGUUGCACUUUGCUAUACACAUUUUUUGUAACUAAAAUAUCUGAGGCAAAAAAUGAAAAAUAAAAAAGAUUUUUAUCUUAGUUAAUCAUAUUAAACUGAAUAUUGCAAGUAGAAGUUCAGAGGAAAUGUCUCUUUUAAUAUGUCAUACAAUUCUUAAAGCUCUGAAUUGAAUCAGUAUGGUAUGUGCAUACAAUUUCGGAGUUAGCUAAUCAUGUCCAAAGGUACAUGUAUUUCACACUGGAUUUUCCAUUCAUUAAAUGAUCAUUAAUCAA